AUGGAGAUUGGAAGGGCAGGGUGUCUGCGCACCAGGCAAGUCCUGCUUCUCUUUAUUUCGCUGGGAAUGGCUUGGGCUGGCUCAGAAACCGGGCGCUUUUCGGUGGCGGAGGAAACGCCGAGUGGAAGCUUGGUGGGCAAUUUGAUUAAGGAUUUGGGCUUGGAGCUGGGGGAGCUGGCGUCCCGGGAGACCCAGGUGGUCUCUAAUGAUCGCAAACAGCCCCUGCAGCUGGACAGCAGCACCGGGGAUUUGGUGCUAAGCGAGCCACUAGACCGGGAGGAGCUGUGUGGCUCCGCCGAACCCUGCGUGCUGCACUUCCAGGUGAUAAUGAAACAUCCUCUGCAGUUCUUACGGCUUGAGCUUGAGGUCAUGGAUGUCAAUGACCACCCUCCAGUCUUUUUAGAAAAAGAGAUGCUGCUGGAGAUCCCAGAGAACAGCCCCGUGGGUGCCGUGUUCUUACUGGAAAGUGCAAAGGAUUUAGAUGUUGGGGUCAACGCUGUAAAUGGCUAUGAGGUAAGCCCCAACUCUCAUUUCCACGUAAAACUGAGAGUCAAUCCUGACGGUGAGAAGUACCCCGAGUUGGUUCUGGACGAGGCGCUGGAUUUCGAAGCGCAGCCCGAGCUCAGGCUCACCCUCACAGCGCUGGACGGCGGGGCUCCACCCCGGUCUGGGACAGCCGCGGUUCGGGUGAUGGUCGUGGACAUUAACGACAACGCCCCCGCAUUCGAGCGCCCGUUUUAUGAGGUAACAAUCCCGGAGGACAGCGUUCUGGGUUCCCAGGUCGUCAGCGUGUCCGCUUGGGAUUCAGACUCAGGAGCAAACGGGGAAAUAUCCUACACCUUCUCCCAUGGCUCGGAAGAUAUUCGCAAGACAUUUGAUAUUGAUGGGAAAUCUGGAAAAGUUACUCUGAGAGGAUCCUUAGAUUUUGAAACAACUCAAUCCUACUCAAUAAUCGUUCAAGCCACAGACAGGGGCGGCCUCUUUGGAAAAGCUGCAGUACGAAUUCAGGUGACAGAUGUGAACGACAAUGCUCCUGAGAUCGCUGUGUCCUCAAUAACGAGUGAAAUUCUAGAAAAUUCGCCUGUGACGGUAGUUAUGCUUUUCAGUAUUCGGGAUAGAGAUGAAGGGGAAAACGGGAGAACGGUGUGUUCUAUCCCGGAGGACAUUCCAUUUGUGCUAAAAUCUAACGUUGCAAAUUACUAUACUUUGGAG